AUGCUCCCCCUCCUCGCCCUGUCCCACGCCCUCGCCACCCCCCUCCCCUCCGCCCCGGCCCUCUACGGCUUCAACUACAGCCUCUCCUCGCCCUCGACCUACCACGCCCUGGUGGCCUGGCCGCUCGACGCGGCCCCGCUCAUCCCGUCCGCCUCCAACGGCGCGCACCUCUCCAUAUCCGGCACCGACCGCGACCCGCGCACGACGGCCCCUCCCGUCCCCCACUCCCUCUUCAUCGAGCUGCCCCGCCUGAUCCGCGGCGGCUACUACAAGCGCGUCGACCUGCGCGUGGGCUGCGCGCGCGCCACGGCCGUCGACACGGCGCGCCUGGCCAACUUCAACGGGCGCUGCAACUCUGCCCAGAACGGGAGCGAGCCCGUCUGGUGCAGGGUGCCGCUGGCCGCCAUCGCCAACGAGCCGUCGGCCGGGUGCACGCCGGGCGAGACCUUUACCGACUGCAGGCGGUGGGGGAACCUGAGCGGGCCGGAAAAGACGCUCAAGAUUGCGCUGUGGGCGGGCGUGCACGUCGGCGGCAGGGACGUGCAGCUGUGGGGGCUGGGCGAUAGGUGCGUCGCCGACGAGCGCGUGAGGCCGACGCUGCAGCAUCCCACGUGCCCGGACGUCGGGGGGUUCGAGAUGACGCAGGAGUUUGAGGUUGGGGUGGUGUGCUCCAUGGCUUAG